GGGACCCGAGUCGUUUAAAAGAAACCCAUUACCAGGUCGACCAAAAUCAGUAGAAACGAGGAAGAUGAUGACCGUGCGGUAAGACAAAGAUUCGGUCUUUUCUCUCCUCUGAUUCGACUUUGGAGAUGGGGGAGAGGUUUCAAUAGUUGGUGCCAAAGCCUAAUCCGAUAAACAAUGGUGAACUCAGAGCAGCUCAAUGGGAUAAAAUCAAAUGUCUGAAACAUCAGAAUUUGCGGUUGGCUUUGGACUAACUGGCGGUAGUUUCCAUUGGCGGCCUUACGAUUCAAAAUUUCAUGAAGAAAAGGGAAAAAUAGCUGAAGAACAAAGCAGAAAAUCUUUGAAGAAGAGCAUUAAGGACUAUCAUGAUACCAAAACUUUAGCUUCAUUUGCUAAUAUCUCCUUCAAAACUGAUAGCAGCAGACGAAGAUAUAUAGCUGCAGAAGUAACAAAACUCGGAAAAGGGAACAUAACAGCUCAGAUUUUCACAUACCGCGAGCUGUGUGCUGCAACUAGGAAUUUCAAUUCUGAUAAUCAGCUUGGCGAAGGGGGAUUUGGGAGGGUUUACAAAGGGUUGAUUGAAGAGAAGAAUCAAGUCAUUGCUGUUAAACAACUUGACAGGAAUGGAUAUCAAGGAAACAGAGAGUUCCUUGUAGAGGUUCUAAUGUUGAGUCUUCUUCACCAUCCUAACCUUGUCAAUUUAGUUGGAUAUUGUGCUGAUGGCGAUCAAAGAAUAUUGGUGUACGAAUACAUGCCUAAUGGCUCUUUGGAAGAUCACUUGCUUGAUUUAGAUCCAAAUAGGACACCUUUGGAUUGGGCUACUAGAAUGAAAAUUGCAGAAGGUGCAGCAAGAGGACUUGAGUACUUACAUGAAACAGCAGAUCCUCCAGUGAUAUACCGUGAUUUUAAAGCAUCAAACAUACUGUUAGACGAAAAUUUCAAUCCUAAGCUCUCUGAUUUUGGUCUUGCAAAACUUGGUCCAACCGGGGGUAAAACCCAUGUGUCCACCAGGGUGAUGGGCACCUACGGCUAUUGUUCACCAGAGUAUGCUCUCACCGGCCAGUUGACCUCAAAAUCUGAUGUCUACAGCUUCGGUGUUGUGUUUCUCGAGAUGAUUACAGGAAGAAGAGUCAUUGACCAUUCAAGACCAACAGAAGAGCAAAACCUGGUUGCUUGGGCAACACCAUUGUUUAAAGACAGGAGGAAGUUCACUUUAAUGGCUGAUCCAUUGCUGGACGGUAAGUACCCUAUAAAGGGUCUGUACCAGGCACUUGCCAUUGCAGCAAUGUGUCUGCAAGAAGAAGCUGAUACUCGACCAGUGAUGAGCGAUGUCGUAACAGCUCUCGAGUAUCUAACCAAAGAUGGAGGCGAGGCGGGCCCAGAGAAUAGCAUAAAUCAAGCUUCUCCAAGUGCAGCUGAUAGACAUAGUGGUGGAGAGAAUGAAAUUCAAGAGCCUUAAACAUAUUAGCCAGAUAUUCUUGUUUAGGUUUAAAGAAA